AUGCAUCCUUCCAAGUUGCUCACAAACCAGCCAAGCAAGGCCAUCUACAUUGAUAGCAUUGCCACACUCUCCGACCCUCUCUCCUCCAUGUCUUCCACCUUCUCUCUUGUCUCUCUCCUCACCAUGGCCUAUCACAUCCGAACACCGCUGCCCUCGAACCAGGAACGCCUUCUCACUCUCUUGAACACCAUGUCGCCAGCCUUAAGAACAGAGACAGAAUCCAGAUACUCCCGCGAGGAGAUCCUGAACUCCUUUGUCCACUUUCUCAGCCCCGUCCUCAACGGCAUGGCAGGCAUGCUUGAGCUUCUCACAAAUGUCGACGCCUUCUCACGUCCAGAAGAUUUCCGUCAAUUCUGGAGCCUUGAAAGGAGCAAUUUGAUCAGAGACUUUGUGGAGAGUGGGGGACCGUUGCGGGGGAUGCAGGGCUACGACGUCCCCUUUCUCGAGACCUUUGUGAAGGACCCCUCUUGCAGAAUUGCUCUUGGUAGCAAUAAUGGCAUGCUUUUGUUAGUCCCAGGAGACGCCGAGGUCGGCGAUGAUGUUUGGUGGGACGAAGACGAGCAGCGUCUCAGCGUCUCCAGGAAAGGCGCUGAAGACAUCAACACCAAUGCUGAAGCCUAUCUUGACAAUGGCUCCAGGAUAACCAUUAUGGCUAUUUCCUCUGCCACUUAA